AUGUAAAAAGAAGAAAAAGAAAAUAAAAAAAAAUUAGCAUAAAAAAUUGAGUUUCUAUUUGUACUAUUCAUAUCAUAAAUAAAGCCUGGUGUAUAUAAUGAUGAAUAUUUGGCAAUUUAUUAUGCUAAAAAGAAUAAGUAUAAGAAGAUAUCAUAUAAAAUACCAUCAACAGUGAUAGAUGAAUAUGAUAGAAAAAUUUGUAGAUUUGAAGAUAAGUUAACUAAAGUAGCAAUGGAAAGAUAAAGUUUGAUAAGGUAUUAUUAAUAAUACUUCGAGAGAAUAAUCAAAGACCCCAAAUAAAAAAGAAAUUUUGAAUAAAAUAAUUACUUAAAUCUAAACACAUUUAUAAUAGAAAGAAAAAGAACUUUUUGAAAAAAUUCAUUGUGAUACUCCUGUGGCAUAACUUGAAAAGAAAAAGUCUUAAUUUUUUUAAGCAAAGUAACAUUUAUAGUUAUUGGAAACAAUGGGUUAUAAAUUUGUAGAGUAAGAGGUAAGUAGAAUGAAAUUUAAUCAUCUUAAGUAAAUUCAUUCUUAACCUGUUACUCCAAAAAAAUCAUAAACAAGAUCUCAAUCUAUUUAAAAUAUCGAAAAUGAAAAUAAAGAAGAUAUUAAAUAGUAAUUAAGUGAAAGAGUUGAGAGAAUAUAAAGUAAGGUAAAUUAAUAAAUGGCCCGUUUAGGAUUAAAAAGUGUAAACUUAUCUCCUGAUUCUAUUUUGAUUAAAAAAAAAUGUUAGAAAUAAUUGAAAAGAACUAAAAGUUAAUCUCCUCUUAACUUUGAGAUGAGUUAACCUUAAAAUUAAAAUUAUCAUUUUAUUGGUAAGAAACCUCAAUUUUCUAUGUUUAAGAAAUAUUAGUUGAAAUUGGAUGAGGAAUUAUAAAAACCAAAGGAUAUUAACGGUGUAAUCAAUUAUUGCAAUACUGAAAGAUUAGAAUUAUAGAAUAUGACAAAAGAUAUUUUAAAGAAGAGAAGAGUAUAAUUUAGAAAAUUUAGAAUUAUUUAAAAAGAAUUAUCAACAGUGGGAGAAUUAGGUUUUGAUGGACUUAAAAGCAAAUACUUUUAAUGA